GAUCAUAGACAUUACAUUACUUGGAAUUGAAUACAAUCGGUCGGUUUGGAUUUGGUUUCGUUGGUGUGAGUGGGGCUCUAGUUUGGAGGUAUUACAUAUAAAUGAAGGUACGUUUAGGUGAUACAAGACAUUCUAUAAUUUUCAUUUCACGACGAGAGUGAAGAGGACAAACAACCAUGGCUUGUGAAAAGAAAUGGGCAAUUUUUGCCGUGUUCGUAUCUUUCAUCGUGGUGAUAGCUAUAGUUGUGCCUAUCGCAGUGUUUAGAAAUACUGGACAGUCAAAUGGGGAGCUUGUCGAUGGUGGCUCUCUGGCACCCAGUGACCUGUUUGUUCACUUUGGGCUCAUGAUCAAAUGCACAACCAAGAAGAAUCCCAUUCGUUACCAUGGAUACGGAUGCCACUGUGGCCUGUUCAACGGAGGAGAAGGCAGACCUGUCGUUGAUGGCGUGGAUCAGUGCUGUAAAGACCACGAUGUAUGUCUUGAGAGGCUUGAAACGAGCGGUGUAUGUACCAAGCUCGCUUUCCUGUACCCCUACACUGUGGACAUGAAGGGAUGUGGGAAGAAACAAUCUGCAAAUAUAACUUGCAAGGCAUCAGCUAGUUACAAUGACAUUGAGAGGGCGCUCGUUUUCGGGAAAACUGAAUGCGCGGAGGCAAAGUGCCAAUGCGACAGGGAUGCCGCCAUCUGCUUCAGUCAAAACCAAGUUCAGAAUCGCUACAAGAUGGGCAAGAUUCGUCCAUCAACCUGCAAGGCUAAACCAGGUGCAGGACCAAAAACGCUUCCACCAACCAUGCCAACCACUACAAUUCAGCCAGCAGUUCAAACAACCAUGCAACCACCGGUACGAGAGACUGUAAAACCGGCACCCAUUUACCGUAUAGCCUAAGAUGAUUAACGUUGAGGGAUAGGUUUCACGGGACAUUCAGUGUAUUCGUGCAAAAAAAAAGAAUUUACCAAAGUGCAAUAUCAUAAGUCUUUCAUGCAAUCCUUCAGAACUAUUCAUAAAUAUGAUAUGAUUAAUUACUAUCUUGAUCAGUUAAAUCGAUUGAUUGGUGAAAAUAAGGAGCGACAAUAAUUAGUGUAAAGUUAUCUGUAAAUACUGACUUGUUUUCGUUUCGUAACAUUUUCAUGACUUACCCUUUCUCUAAUGUUAGCUUAAUCUGAUAAAGAGAAGAGAUAAAACGCAAUUAGUCAUUUCCAUUUACAAAAAAACAUAAUGGUCAUAAUGCCAUGAUAAUUUUUUUUUAACUGAUUGAUCGUAUACUACUUAUUAUAAUGAUAAUGCUUUUUAAAUAAACAUGAGUUUUGUACAAGAAAUGU